CUCAAUUACCAACAUAACCUACAUUUCACAAGUUCAGGCGUGUGGGAAAAUGCUGGAAAAACUGGAUUUAGAUGAAAAAUCCUCUGCUGCAGAGGAGGAGGAAGAGAUUCCAGAUAGUGACAGUGUACCUCAACUUGAAAUUGAAAAGGCUUUCCAGCAGAAAUUUUAUGUGCAGUGUGAAGAAGCGGUAUCGCUUCAAAAGAACUACGUGUUGCACCUGGAUAAGUCCGGGAAUUCCCUCGUUGUCGGGCUCUCAAACUCCCAAAUUCAAGUAUUCGAUCUCACCAGUAACUCUCUGUCCAAAAUACAUGUUCAUGAUUUUAAAAGCGAUGAUGGAAUCUGCGGUGUUCGUUUCUUACACAAAGAUCCCCAUAUCUUUGUGACAGGACAAACUUCCGGAAGCAUUGCCAUUCACGAUAGGAGAGAAGGGAAAGUCAUUGCAAGCCUUGAGGAUAUAACAAGUGGCUCACGGAAACCUUUCACGGCAUUCGAUGUGAAUGCCAACGAUCGGGUGAUCUGUGCGGGCACCGAGCAAAUCCUUCACGAUGUUUUUCUCCUCUUUUUCGAUGUGCGCCAGAGGAAGCUUCUCGGAGGCUACUGGGAAAGCCAUGAAGAUGAUAUUACAAGCAUUGACUUUCAUCCACGGGAUCCAAAUAUCCUGGCAACCGGAAGUACAGAUGGACUCAUAAAUGUGUUUGAUAUUACCAAGCCAACGGAGGAAGAUGCCAUGGAUUAUUCCCUCAAUACCGAGAAAACUGUGCAGAAGAUCAACUGGCAUUCCCAGGAGAAGGGAGGAGAUCUCUUGACGUGCAUAAUGGAUUCUCACGACUUUCACAUUUAUGAGACGAAAGAGAGCACACUUGUGAAUGAUUUCUCUCGCGAAAAGAUCACAGAGCGCAUCUUUAGAACCUCUCCGGAACAUUGCUCAACUAUUGGAUGCCACAGCGACUCAUCCGGAGGGAUUUUCCUUAUGGCUGGGUCGAAUUUCCAAAACGGAAAAUGCCUCAGGAUGCUUCAAUACCGUGAUCAGGACCUUCAUCCACAUGCAGAUUUUCUUGAGAAUGACCAAAUAAUCCGUUCUUAUGUCUACGAUCAAGCUGAGGAUUUCUUCAUAACUGGAGGAGAAAAUGGGAUAAUCUCAUUGUGGGGCCAUCAGGAGACAAAGGCCGAGGAGAAAUCUCAUGGUGUGAAGCGUCGGAAGAUUCAUCAAACUGUUAAACCAUACUGAAUUCCACAAUUAAUCUUUUAAAUACAAUCUUUCAUUUCAAGAA